AUGAUCAGCUGGGCGCAGGGUGGCGGUGAUGUGUUUGUAACAGGGACGUUCAACAACUGGAAGCAAAAGAUACGGAUGAGUCGAAGUAACGCUGACUUCACAACUGUAAUCGACAUGCCCCCCGGAACACAUCGAUUCAAGUUCAUCGUAGACGACGAAUGGAAAUGCUCAGAAGACCUGCCAAUCGCAUCCGACGCAGAUGGAAACCUGGUCAACUAUCUAGAGGUCACUGACGAGGCGGGUGUGCAUCAGGGAGACGGCCUGGAUGAAUUGGCAACCAUGAAGGAUGGCAGAGUUUCGCCACCACUCCUCUCCUCAACCCCCCCAGACGCCUACACCACCGACAUCCCUUCCACCCCCCUCAACAUGCAGCAAAAAGACCCACCGCAUCUCCCGCCCCACCUCGAAAAGGUCCUCCUGAACUCACAUACAAUCGCGAAAGACGAUCGCAGCGUGUUACCGGUUCCGAAUCAUGUUACGCUGAAUCAUAUGUAUGCGUGCUCGAUUAGAGAUGGGGUUAUGGCUGUGGGGUGUACGACAAGGUAUCGGAAGAAGGUAGGGUAUUGCUUCCUUUAA